UCCUUUGAAUCCCGAAGUAAAAAUUGUGACCACGAAAGUUUAAUGCUACGGGCUGCCGAGUUCCUGGGGUGAAAAAGUGGCUGGUACGACGCUAGAUGUGGAAAUCUCGUUCCUAAUCAUUAUGGUGCGAUUGUUUGUCUCGUUGGAUGUACUAUUUGCAAGGUUCAGGUGUGCUGGUGGCUGAUAAAGCGCAGUGAAGUGAAGACGAACCGCCGUGAUAGCCCGUGCUAUCAGCGAAGAAAAACACAGGCGGGUCGUUGGCCGGCAAACUCUGGUCUGUUCCGAAACCAGGCGUCCAACAGAGAUUAUUCCCCGAGACAGCGGCCACUCGCUGUUCCAAUUAUUUGCGCAGCUCCUACCAUCUGGACUGGUACAACUCCAGGGCGUCCAUCAGCGGCCCCUCCGAAGCGACGGUAUCGAUUUCGUUCCCUUUUACACCUUCCUCGGCCGGAUAAAAUGUCCGAUUCGUGCCAGAGCGCAUCCUUCCAAUGGCACUGUUCGAGCAAACCGGGACCACCCAGAAGGUUACACUAGACGAUACCGUGGCCUGCAGCUGUACCAUCGAAACGGCACAAACCAUCGACGGGCAUACGGAGUACGUCCUGAGAGUACAGCGCGGACCACAUCCGGAAAACAGCUGGCGCAUCCUACGGCGUUACAAUGAUUUCGCAUCGCUCAACAAGUGUUUGCAAAUUUCUGGCAUCGAUCUGCCGUUCCCGGGCAAGAAGCUUAUCGGUAAUAUGCGCCCGGACUUCAUAGCUGAACGAUUGAACGCAUUACAGGAGUAUAUAAAUCAAGUACUCAUGAAUCCCAUUUUGGCCUCAUCGUUACCAACCAAAAAGUUCAUCGACCCGGAUAGCUAUUCGACACCAUUCCAUGAUUUGGCCCUCCAGUAUGCGUCGAUGAGCUUGCGCACGGAUGGCGUGUAUACGCUGGGACAAUCGCUCGGUCCAAUCGGUUGGCGGCUGAGGAAGCAUUACUUCAAGGUGGUGCAUAAACCGCAGGGUAAUAAGCACUCACCGGGCCACUCGACCACCAAGCACCAUCUGAUCAAAUCCAGCUCACAGUCCCAUGGCAAACAGCACACGACGCAGGUAUGCGUUACCACUUCGACCGAGAAGGACUACAACAGUAGCACUCGUGACCAGAGCGGUCGCGACGAUCUCAUCCUAAGCUGGACAGAGUUCGGCCCGGACCGGUAUGUGGACGAUCGGGAGAUACACACGGUGCUCAAGAACUACGGUGGAGUGCAGCAUCCUUACAUCGUCCCGAUCGAACACAUUGCGUCCAACGACAGUGGCGCGCUGGUGAUACGAAAGUUCUACAAACAGGGUAGCUUGAAGGAUGUGCUCUGCUCCGCCACACCCUGUAAUCCGUUCCUGUCGAAGUAUGGCAGUCCGAAGGGACGUGCACCGCUGCCACUGAAGGAUCUAGCUUUAUAUGCGCGCCAAAUCUUGGAAGCGAUAAGAUUCCUACACUCGAAGGGGCUGGCCUGUGGGCACGUCCAUUGCGGAAACGUCAUAAUCGUAGAUGGCGUCGCGAAGCUGAUGGACGUGGAGAACUUCAUCUUCGGAGUGCCCUCAUUCUAUCGGCCAUUUUUUGUUCAGCAUAGCAAGAUCAACAACUGCGAGGCCAUCGAUGUGUACGGAUUUGGCCAUCUGCUGUAUGAAAUGUGCAUGGGUUAUCCGCUGCAGGAUUCAUACGCUCGUCAAAUCUCCGAUUGUCCCGAUAGCCUUAAAUCGCUGCUGGAGUCAAUACUUUCACGGGACGCCUGUAAGUCGGCUCUUCCAACGCUAGAUCAGCUAACGACACACCCGUUCUUCAGUGAGUACGCGGGUCAAUUCAACGAUCUCUACGCGACCACGAUCAGUGUACAACGGCCACACCUAAAGUUCUCUACGACCGCAAAAGAUCAGCUGAAGCUGGCUGUUCAGAAGACCGAGGCACGUGUACGCGAUGAACAACGUUCGGUGAAAAACCAGAAACGGUUGGUCCGCGUACAAGAAAUGAUGACCUCCGAGGAAGAAAAAAAGAAGAUCAAGCAGAAAGCCAAACAUGAGCAGAAGCAGGCGAAACUACGAGCACAGAACUCGCUUCAACUGAACAAUGGGCCUCCGGUUCCGCCUGCGAGCAUAACGACAACCGUGCAUCUGUCCAGCUCAACAGGAGUGAUCGUAAAGUCGGACAGUGCAAACAGUAUUACCUCACCGCAAGAGGCGCUCAUGUCUCCGCCACCGUCUCAUGCAAACAGUAGUGGAGGCAACACGUCGCCGCAACCGCCACCCUCGGCCCCUCCGGUACCAGCAGUACCUCCUGGCUCGUUGCAACUGUUUGCUGAUCUGCAACAACCGAUUCCAGCCACCUCGAGUUCCGCGGGAGGUAAGCUAGUAAAGUCUAUUUCUGGCGACAACAUCGUUGCAGGUGGCGGUGGUCAGAGUACUGGUAAUAGGAACGCUUUGCUUGACUCGAUCUGUAACUUUAACAAAGGUGGUCUGAGGAA